CCUCGCAUGUCAGAUAGGUUUGCGUCCCAGGCUGGUGCAGACAGGGACACUUGGCAGCGAGAGGGAUGGAGCGGCACACUGCCCUGUGGAGGGGCUGAGGCAGUAUCACUCUUCCCUUCCUCCCUGAGCGCACAGCGAUCUGAUCCAUAGUUGGAAACCGACCAGAGAUCUUCCCAGAUAAGGUGUCAGAAAUUUUACCAAAACUGAUCUGAAGCCUGUGCGGUCGCACAAGUCUGAAAGAGCUGGGCGAGGGGGUUCUGCAGCGCGUCCUACCACACUGGACUUGAUAUUUCGGAUUUGUAGGACCACAUUUUUUUUUUUUUUGCACCAGUUUCCCAGUGAUUGUUCACACUCCCAAGCUCCGAUUGGGGUGUGUCGGACUUUUGAAGAGAAAGGAGCUUGUUGAUGGUUAAAAACACAGCGGUCUGCGGCUCCAACUGAAUCCACGGGAGCGCACGGAGAUCCAGAGGAGUGACAGCUGACAUUCUGCUCGACCAGACCCGGGAUCCGCUCCAGAUCGACUCCGAAAGUGAAAGGCGCAAGUUUCAAGGGCUGGAAUAUAAGGAUCGAUGAGACGCGCGGGACGCAGAACGAAAUAAGGCAUACACAGACCUGCAAAAUGUUCAAACGGGGCUGUGGGCUGGAGUUCCUGCUGGUUCUCUGUGGCCUCAAGUUUUCCUGGUCCUGCCCCCUUCACUGCAUAUGCUACACUGCACCCAGUACCGUGUCGUGCCAGGCUCACAACUUCCUGUCGGUCCCUGAUGGUAUCCCCCCGGACAGUGAGCGCAUUUUCCUGCAGAACAACAAGAUCCAUCGCUUACUACCAAGGCACUUCAGCCCAAACACAGUCACUCUGUGGAUUUACUCUAACAACAUCACUUACAUAGAGCCGUCCACCUUCCAUGGCUUCACAUUGCUGGAGGAGCUGGACCUCGGAGACAACCGGCACCUGCGCUCUUUGGCUGAAGACACCUUUCACGGGCUGAGCCGGCUCAAUGCCCUCCACCUCUACCGCUGUGGUCUCAGCUCACUUCCAAACAAUAUCUUCAAAGGCCUACGAAAUCUACAGUACCUUUACUUACAGGAUAAUCACCUCAAGUACCUGCAGGAUGACACAUUCAUGGAUCUCCACAACCUGAGCCACCUCUUCCUGCACGGAAACCGUCUGUGGAGCCUCAACCAGAACACCUUCAGAGGACUUCAAGCCUUGGAUCGCUUGCUUCUGCACAAAAAUCAGAUAGAGUGGGUUGACCGAUUGGCCUUUCAUGACCUGAAACGCCUCACUACCCUCUACUUGUUCAACAACACCCUCGUGGAGUUGUCUGGACAGUGUCUGGACAUGCUUCCUGCCUUGGAAUACUUGCGCCUCAAUGACAACCCCUGGUCAUGUGACUGUAAAGCUCUUUCACUCUGGGAAUGGUUGAAACGUUUCAGAGGUUCAACUUCUUCGGUGGGUUGCCAGGCUCCAGUGAAUAUGGUUGGUAAAGACCUGAAAGAGCUGCGGAAGGAGGACUUCUCCAGCUGUUCUUCGACGGUUUCUGAGUCCAGAUCUCAGACCAACAAUUUAUCUGGCACGGUCAAUCCAUCGAUGAAUCGUGGAGUUGCAGUGGGCUCUGGAGGUCAGACCCACAUCGUGGAUCCCUCAAGGCCUGGGCCUCCUAAAAAUUGCACAAAGCCUCGUAACAGAGUGAGCAAGAAGAAGGGUGACAAUGAGGUUCACCACUCAAAGGAGGUUAUGUCAGACAAGGAGGAUUCGUCCCCUUAUUUCACAGAAGGGGGGAAACAUGACCACACAUCCCCAGAUGGCACAGUCACACGGAGAAAGCACAAGUGCUCUCCUCGGACCACUGUUCGCCCCCCCAGUGGGGUUCAACAAGCUAACAAUAAGGCCCCCACAUUCAAGACUUCACUACAUAUCCAAGCCUUAUUUGUGGCCUUGAUAGUGACAAAUAUCGACCCCAUUCUCCGCUGACCUUCAGAGGGUUUAACAAAUCAAACAAACAAAAAAAGCUAAGCACAGCACAGCCCUCAGACCUUUCUCUUGCUCCUGCACUACAAGGCCUGUGUCUUUUAUGUAUGUGUGUGAAUGUGAUUAUAUGUGUAAAUGUUGUAGGGAGCUUUAUUGUUCGAAAUGAAGACAAUAUCAAGGCAUCAAUCAUCCAUAAAGGAAAAACUUAGAGCACAAAAAUCUGACUGAAAAAGAGGGAAAGCUAAUGCAAACUAAGCUUGCACUGCCAAUGCCAGUAUGAUUUCUUCAACAUACAUCUUAGUGUUUUCUUUUUUUCUUUUUUACUCAACUGGAGCUCAGAUAACCAAAAUUCAAUAAACAAAAGAAGGUCAGGGUGAGAGACAAAAAAAAGAAUCAAGCCAAAACUUGCUAAGUGGUUCUUUAAAUAGUCCACCAAGCUUUAGUCUUAGUUUAAUUGAAUAGAAGACAGUGUCAAUCAUAGGUAAGGAAUCUGUGAACAUCUUUUUCUUCUUUUUUAAAAGGCUUUCUGUUCUAAAUUUUGCUAAGCACAACUUGUUUAAACUGUUAUAGUUUCUCAGUCAAUAUCAAACUUAAGGAUUUGGAGCAAAAGCCUAUUCCCUUUAGGUGUUAUUGGCUACAAAGAGAGCAGCCAUUAAACUCACACAGAGUACAAAGCUGUAGCAGAUGAUAAAAAUCUAUUUCUAAGAUAUACUUGUGACUUUUUUCAGUUAAUCUACCUUCUGCCUGCACAGUAUUUCUGCGCAUAAUUCUCUCUUCCAUCUUCAUUAACAUCUCUUCUGCUCUGUGCAACUGAAGAUUAAGCUACUAAUUGUCUCAAGAUGACGAGGAUUGCCAUUUGCUAUUUUCAUCUGCUUGGAAAUGUGCGUCUCUUGGGGGGUGGGAGGGAGGGGGAUCAAGCUGUGAAUAUUGAGAUGUCUGUCUAUAUCUUGUAUAAGAUGUUGUUCAUUCGGGUUUUUUUAAUGACACAAAACGGACCUAUAGAUACGUUCCUGUUGCAGGGCCAAGAGAAGCCUUAGAGGUCAGAGGUGAAUUUCUCAGUUUCAUUGUGAGGGUGUGUUGAACUGCUUCCUCCUCAGUGAGGACAUCACUUCCUCAUCUUCAUUGGGAGUAUGAGGAACGCAUUUUGUUGUCUCCUUGAUUGCUCAACCUCAAAGCUACACACGUAACAGGACCCCUUAAAAAAAUGGGGGCAUACCUUAAAGAACUCUUGUCAUCAAUAAACAAUUGAAAGAACAAUUUGAGAUGAGCUUGGCAACUUGGAUCACCUAGAAAUAAGCCUCUUCAUUUACUGCUGGGAUUAUCCACGGAUACAAGGAUUCAAGAACCAGACAGUUGUUUUUGAGGAGGGCGCAGUGAAGUGCAGACUAUUACAGGACAUCUCGCUGUACUUCUGGAGCGGUCGUGCCUCCCUUGAAAUAUGUCAUGUUUGUAUCAACGAUGUGAACUGCAUCAGUAACAAUGGAGACGAGAGGACAUCUCGCAGUGCUGAUAAUAAUCAUUUACUGUAUUACUAUGAGAAAAACAGUAUCAGUGACAUCAAUGAUGAUAACAGGGUUUUCUGCUCCUCCUGUCAAGAGGAGAGUUUCAGUUUAAAACAUUCUGUUGACUUCUUUAUUUUAUUAUUUGAUGUUAUAUUUUUAGAGCUGUCGAAUUGUUCCUCACCCCUUUCUUUCCUGUUCUACUGUAUGCCUAUUGAUCUUUUUUUUUCUCUACCAUGAUUAAACUGUUCAGUAAGUUAUCAUCAAAAACAACAGUACAAAAAUGUUUAUAAAGAUAUUAAAAUCUAUAACUUCUUAUGUCUA